UAGUUAUUCGGCUUCAAUACAUGGGAUUACUAUAUAUAUUUAUUUCCUUACUUUCGCUCCACCAUUUGCUGCUCGAAUAAUUCCCGAGUUCUGCGUGAGGUAGCGGAGAAACAAACAUCUAUUUCUGGACAGCUCGCUCGUCGCCGGUAUUAUACCCUAUACUUACUUACCUCCCAAACUUAAUUCAUCGCGAACCGCAAAGACUUAGAAAGCCGGGUAAGACAAUAAUAAAUAAAGGCUUUUUCCCCUUGGGAAAACAAAGGAGGUGGAAAAAGAAGGAGAAGAAAAGAAAAGAAAAGAAUCGGGACUAAGCACAAGAGCCCUCGACAAAGAAAUCUACCUAGCUCCAUGGCAUCCAACAACCACCGUCACCACCACCACGGCCGCCGAUCCAGCCAUCACGUCCCGCCCAACUACUUCCCCCCCAGCCCCCUAGGCCCGGGUCCAGCACCGAUGUCGAUCCCGAUCCCGGGCCCGCCGCAGCCUCUCUACCCCAUGCCCCCCUAUCCCACCGCGCCAUACGUGGGAUAUCCGUAUCCGACCGUACCCUAUCCCAUGUCCCCUUACCCCUUAUCUCCCAUGCCCCCCCAAUCCCCCCAUCACCCCCGCCGCCCACCGCCGCGCGUGCCGACCCCCCUGCACACCAUCGUCGGCCCGACGCUCGUCGACAACUUCCUGGAACGUGCGCAUACGCGCCUCGAGCCGCCAGGCGGCAGUGGCGGCGGCAAGAACAAGGCGCACGUCUUCUGGACGGAAGACGACCUCAACGACGAGCUCGACGCGCAGCUCGCGCUCGUGCGCCGGGGCGUCCAGGACAUCGCGAGCCAGGAGUUGGGGCUCCCAGGGGACGUGGCGCCGCGGGUGACGGUGCGUCUGUGCCCCGCGGACCUGAGCGCCGAGGGCCAGUGGCGGGCCGGGCAGGGGGAGCUCUGGCGGCGGGGGGCGACGGUGCUCAUGCCCAAGGUGAUUAUCCGGAUGCCGGAGCGGCGGGACCUGGUCGGCAACAACAACAACCACCGCCAUAACCGUCGUGAUCGUCGAGGAGAAGGAGGAGGAAGAGGAGGGCCGAGUCUCGGGGAUAGAGCAUACAUGGACGCAGCGAAGCGCGUUCUGGACGCGGUGAUCCACGCGCAGGGGCUAAACCGGUACGACGCGCGGACGAACCUCCGGGGCCUGCCGUUCGAUCCGAAGGGCGACCUGGCGCACGCGUGUUUCGAGUGGCGCGAUACGACGAGCGCCGGCGAGGACGUGUGCCAUUUCAUGCCCAGCCACGCCCACGUGUACCUGCCUACCAAGCCGAAGCGCGUCAACCACCAGAACACCUGGCUGUACGAGCGCUUGUACGGGGGCCACCCCGGGGCCAUGGCGCACCUGACCAAGUGGGCUGAUCGUCGGGGCAUCGAUUUGAGCUUUCUGAUACCGAUUCGCGUUUAGAAGGAAAAAAAGAAAAAAAAGGAAAAAGAAAAGAAAAGAAAGGCCGAGUCCCGUGUCCUUGGCUGAAAAUGGAAGGCUGAUUCCAUGCGGCAUUGAUUUAGGCUGGUAGGCAAUCGAGUCCGGAGGAAGGCGGCGCUAAGGGGGUGAAUAUCAACAUUGAUAUUUGAAUUUAUACCCAAUACCUUAGGGGGUACCCAAGGUAAUAAAGCUUUCGAAAUUGAUACCCUCUUGCCAGGAGUCUCGCUUGGGACUCCUUGGGAACAAAGGAGUUGUUUUGUAUAUAGCUUUGGCUUCAAAGCUAUCGUAGUUAGAGCUCCUCACGGAACAACGAAGUUGUUACCCUACCUCAUGCUCUGCGACGUGACACCUCUUGAGAACAUAGAAUUAGCUUACCAUUAACUCGUAAAGUA